AUGAAAGGUUAUCUUCAAUCCUCAUCUAAACAACAAGAUAUUCCAUUCAUAACCAUUGAUAAUGAAGGAUUAACAGAAAAGAUAAAAGGAAAGUACCGCUAUGUAUUAUGUCUUUAUGAUCGUCUUAUUAAUGGCCAAAAGGCACUGGUAACUCUUAAAAACAUUCAGGUAUUCUUUAACAUUCUUGUGCCGGAUAACAAAUCUCCUGAUGAAUGUGAAACAAAAAUAAGGGAUAUUUUAUUUGGUACUCUCUUACGAGAUCAUACUCUUGUUCUCACAUGGGAUAUAGAGACCCAAUCACGAGAGUUGGGUGAAUUUGCCAAAGUCCUUGAUAUGAAUCAUAAUUAUCCUGUUAAGGUUCUCGAAGAAGGUGAAGAGGAUCCAAAGGAGAAAGAAUAUAUGAGUGGUUCAAUUAAGAUCAAAAUUAGUGCAGAAGAUGAUUUUAUUUCUAGCUUUCUUAAACUGCCAGUUGAAAAGAAAGGUUCACUUAAAUUUUUCUUACAAAAGUAUGGUCUUAACAGUAAAGCUGACAUGCCAUAUGAUAAAAUGUGGAAAAUCUAUUUAGAGGUGAAAAAAAACCCUCCUCAACAACUUCGAAAAAUAUGCGUGAAAUAG